AACCCGCGCGUUCUCUCUCAAUUCAUGCGUGCCCUUCAGUCUCCCAGCCACAUUCUCUGGCCUCCACCUCCUCCGCCCUCCGCUCCUGCGCCCGCCACAUACUCUCCUUCAUCCCCUCUUUCCACAUUCUCUCACGACGUUGCCCCUUCCGCUCGAUUGCGGUUGCCUCGACGAUUCCGCCAUCGUCUCUGUGCAGCCGUCGGAGAAACAACUGCAAAGAGAACCUUGUGUUUCGUCUUGCGGAGGUACAUAUUGGAGCAAAGUCUUUCUGUAGAUAAUCUCUUUGGUUUUGUUCUAAUAUUCAAUUACUUCAAAGUUCCAGUUACAUAUCAGAAUCGUGUGCUCUCAUAUGGUAUUGCUGGUGCAGUUGUCUUUCGGCUGGCAUUAAUACUUAUCGGAACAGCCACCCUUCAGAGGUUUGAGGCAGUCAACCUUUUCUUGGCCGCAGUAUUACUCUAUUCAUCAUUUAAGGUGAGGCUUGACAAUUUCCAAUAUUUAAAUUUGGCAUUUGAAUUUAUUAACCAAGCUAUGUGUGUAACGACCCACCCUAGGUCGUCACAUUAAUAACCAGCCAAAAUAAAAUAAUAUAAAAUAAAGAAAAUAGAGCAAAAGCCAGCUACGAUAGAGUGAAAAAAAAACUAUUUCAUAAUAUCAAACAUAAUUAUAUCAGAGUCAUUCUU